AGAAAGAUUCGUCUCGAAAACAAUUGCUCCCAAUAAACCUGUAUAAAUUACGUCGGAACAGAUAUGUCGCGCAUAAAAAUCAACGAUUUAUACGAUUAUUGAUGAUUGUACGAAAUUUAUAAGGGAAAGACAGAGGAACGAAAACUCAUUUAUCUAUUAUAUGAUACUAUGUUGCGAAGAGAGAAAAAAGAAGUACUAACAAACAAUAAUACAACCUACUAACUAAUGAAGAAUGUUAACGGCAAAUUACGACGCGAACUUCGACAAGUUUACGAAUACUUGCACUCUACAACGUAAGCUCUAUUGACUUUGCGAAUAAAAAUCUCACGAGUCUUUGUUCACAGAAUUCACUCGUAUGAACACGUGCAUACAUCAGUUAGCGAAUGGUGCAUUUCACGAGUUAGUAUUAAUAACGACAGCUAUUUUCAUGUAACGCUCACAUCACUUCGAAUUUGUUUUAAACUUUUUACUCGUACGAGCUAUGUAUGUUUGCGUCGAUGAGAGUAUUUUAAUCUUUCAAUUUAUUUCCUAUGAAAAGCUAUCGUCCCUCUUCGCUCUCAAUGUUGCAUUGCUCAAUUGCGGUAUAUAUGAACCGCGACAAUUUUUAUUAAGGAAAAAAUUAAAAAAAACAAGGGGUUUUAUAAAAUAUGGUUAUCAAAGCACUUUUAUAGCUAUAAGCGAAAUAAAAAGCUUGAUAAUAAUUUUAGAUCGGUACAUGUACACAUACUAUACAUAUAAUUUAAGCGACCGUGUGAUCAUGCGGGAUUGCUCAUGCGGGAUUUUUCCAUUCUGAUGCAACCGUUCCCCGCGUACGUUUGCUGUCUACAUUCGAGGCAAGACACAUUUCGCGACGCGAGUGGCCGCGUUUAAACUUUCCCGCUCACCUUUCCCGCGCAUCGGAUUACCUAUCGCCCGUUCCUGCAUUUGACUUGCUAAUGAGAUCUCUGCCGGUUCAGACAAGAUCACGGAUACCACGUUACCGGUGAGUACAUAGCCAGUAGCGUACCGGCUCUCCCUGCGGACGCGAAGGGAACGUUAAGCAGAUAAGGUCGCGAGACAAUGCUGGCGAACGCGUCUGCAAACGAGGCGAAAGACGAGCUAUGGGCUAUAUACGCUUGGUGGUCGUGCGUGCUCGUGCUGAAGAUGAUGUCGCUGACCUGGUUCACCGGGCAAAUUCGAAUGAAGAGACAGGUGAUUCAUAGCGAGGAGGACAAGAUAUGGAUGCUCAAACCGGACGUAAUCUUAUGUCCAACCGGCGAUGGCCAUCCUGACGUGAUGCGCAUCCGGAGUGCUCACAGAAAAGAUCUUGAGACCAUUCUACCCUUUCUAGUCUUCUCGCCGCUUUGGUUGAAUGUCGAAACGUGCACUUCUACAGUGAAGAUCUUAAUACCAAGCUUCUCGCUAAGCAGUAUCCUCUACACCAUACUGCACAUGCACCUCCUACAAAUGUCCCCUUCCUACAAAACCGUCUUAUCCACGACUAUGUAUCUUAUCCUGACUUAUAUAUGCUCAAUCGCUACUGUGAGAUACAUAUUUAUUAUCGCGGAAUAUAAUCUCUAAUAUUAUAACAUACUAGAGAAAGAAGUAACUACGACAUUAAUGUGCUCACAAGCGAUAUUCUGUAUUUAACAUAAAGUUACAUUUCAUACGUCUUCCAUACAUCAUACUUAUUUUAUUAAGAAGUUUUCUCAUGUCUCCUUAACAUUUCCUUCAAAGAUUCUUUUUGGAAAAGAAUGAUCGACUAAAUCACGACCGGAUUUAUCUGAUUAAAUAGAUCAUGUAUUAUGAAUUAUUGUGAAUAAACAAAUAUUUUAAAUCGAAA